AUGCUCUUUGAACGAUUACUAUUAUUCCAGACAUUCCGAUUCGUGAUUUGCCGUGAGAAACUGAUACACGUGGCCGACACGCUCGAGGCUCUGUUCCAGGAGACCGCGAUGCAGCAACCCCCCGAUUCGCCCGCUUUCCAGUUCAUGCUGCCCUUUUACCGUCUGGGAUAUUACCACUGCGUGUGCAUAGUCAGCACCGGGAUCCUAUACUCGAUCAAGCCGCUGAUAGGCGUGACGAUACGGAACGCGAAUCGGUCGACGCCGUUCCCCUCGAUUUCCCCGUUGCCGAUCGACACCACCGCGUUUUUCGUUGCCCAUUACAUGCUCGAGGUGGCCGUCUGUUACUCGUUCUGCAUCAUAACGUCCGGGGUAGACGCGUUCUUCACCCUGUGCGCGUUCCGCAUGUGCUCCGUGUUCCGUGCGAUGGCAGUCGAGCUGGAGGAGUUGCCAAAACGGCGGAGCGACGGGAACGCCGAGCAGGUCUUACGGAACUGUAUCGACCGGCAUGUCACAUUGAUCAAGUGCCGAGAAAUCAUGGAGGAGAUUUACGGGCCUAUCAUUUUCUCGGUCAUGAUGACCAAUUGUUUGGGCAUGUGCGCGUUGAUAUUCGAGGUCACCAAGGUCAGUGUAACCGCGACGCGAGUCAUUCCGUUACGAUGGAAGGGCGAACAAAAUUGUCAAAGUUCGGGAUAG